AUGGAGAAUAACGCAACCAACCGUGGAUUACCAUCUGCUAUUGCUGGGAAUAAUUCUACCCAGCAGUCCAAUUUGUGGAGACCAUGGAAUGGAAAUAAGAAAGCAGCCCCACCAACGACUCACCCAGUGCAUUGGGACCUUUCUAAUGCGAAACAAGGCAAAGCUCCUCAAGUCAUUCAUCCAGUGAAACUCUUUUGGCCUAAAGCGAAAUGUUUCGAUUACCUGUAUCGGGAUGCAGAAAUGCUUCUCCGUAACUACCCGGUACAAGCGACCAUCUGCCCCUAUGAAGACUCCAGCAGCGAUGAGGAGGGCGAUGAUGAAGAAGAGCAAAUGGAAAAGGAGCAAAACUAAAUUUGAAGACUUGC